AUGGCCAAGAGACCCGCAGAGUCGGACGAGAAAGAGCUGGAGGCUGUCAAGAAUGGCGACCGACCCAUGGAAAUCGACCAAAACGAAGCGGGGGAGUUCGAAGACGAAUUUGAAGAUGAAUUCGAGAGCGAGGACGAGAUAUUUGAGGCCGGUGUAGACGGUAGGCCAGACGAAGAGAGGGAAGCAGAGGAGAAAGAACACGCCAUGGAGGUCGACCAAGGCACCUUCAUACCCGGUCGACACAAGCUCUCUGCUGGAGAGACCCUCGCACCCGAUCUAUCCACAUACGAGAUGCUGCACACAUUAGAAGCACCCUGGCCGUGUCUGUCCUGCGAUAUUGUGCCGGACAACCUUGGCUCCGAGCGAAAGACAUACCCUGCGACCGUAUACUCAGUGGCAGGUACGCAGGCAGCGCAAGGACGGGACAAGGAGAACCAGAUCAUGGUCAUGAAAAUGAGCAGCUUGUCGAGAAUGGAGAAGGAGGGCGAAGACGAAGACGAGGAAGACUCAGAUGACGAAGGCUCAGACCCCAUCCUCGAGACGAAAUCAAUACCAAUGACAAGCUGCACGAACCGGAUACGCGUACAUCAAGCACCACAGAGCACGUCAGCGAAACCAGCGACUACCCUCACGGCAGCCAUGACCGAGUCAGGCCAGGUUCUGAUUCACGACAUCACACCUCACCUCACAGCCUUUGAUACACCUGGCUCCACCAUUACACCUGCACAAAAUAAGCCUCUUAGCACGAUAAGAGCACACAAAGCGAACGAGGGAUAUGCACUAGACUGGUCUCCGCUCGUACCUGAGGGCAAGCUUCUGACGGGCGACAUCACAGGCAAGAUCUUCACCACAACACGCACACAAGGCGGCGGCUUCGUCACUGACACGACGCCUUUUACGGGCCACGAAGGCACCGUGGAGGAGCUUCAAUGGUCGCCCAGCGAGAAGACGGUCUUUGCAUCUGCGGGCAACGACGGCACUGUCAAGAUCUGGGACGCGCGCUCCAAGUCACGGAAACCCGCCGUCAGCGUACAGGUUUCCAAUACCGAUGUCAAUGUCCUAUCUUGGUCGAACCAGACAGCGCAUCUUCUCGCAUCGGGCGCCGAUGACGGCGAAUGGGCCGUCUGGGACCUCCGCCAGUGGAAGCCAUCCACCUCACUCUCGUCAAACGCUAAACCCUCCCCUAUCGCUAACUUCAAUUUCCACAAGGAGCAGAUUACGGCUGUUGAGUGGCAUCCAACAGACAGCAGUAUCGUGCUAGUGUGCUCUGGCGACAACACGCUAACACUAUGGGACCUUGCGGUCGAGCUUGACGAUGAAGAAAGCAGGGAUACCGGUGGUGUCCCGGAUGUGCCGCCGCAAUUGCUAUUUGUGCAUUAUAUGGAGCAGGUCAAGGAGGCGCAUUGGCAUCCGCAGAUUCCGGGUGCGGUCAUGGCUACGGGUGGGUCCGGCUUUGGUGUCUUCAAAACGAUCAGUGUCUAG